CACAAAUUAAUAAAUUAAUAUGAAACUCUUUUUCCCAUGUUAAUGUGUGAAGUUCUUUUUAAUAUCAUUUUACCAUAGAUAUAUAUAUAUAUAUCUACUACAGUAUUAAUCAAUUAAAAAUUCUUGUAAGAAUUAAUCAAGUAGUUUAAUAAUUUUGAUAUGAAAUACAGAAGUUACUACAGAUGCACAACUCAAAAGUGCACGGUGAAGAAGCGGGUGGAAAGAUCGUAUCAAGAUCCGUCGAGUAAUUACUACAUAUGAAGGACAGCAUAAUCAUCACUUGCCUGCAACGCUCAGACGGAAUGUUGGUAGCGGAAUGUUGUAUCUGCCAUCUAUGACUAUGAUGGCAGCACAAAGUGCCAUGAUGUGGGGGGUUGCAGCCGCUUCGUCAAGCUUCCCUCAUCGUGAGUUUCUAGCUCAUCAUCAUCAUGCUGGGUUCUACAAUAAUUCUAGUGGUGUAGCUAGUAGUGAACGGAUGAUGUACUACCAGCAGCAGCAAACCCCAUCAUCAGUAGUAGUUCAGCAAAUUCAGAUGCAUCAUCUACUUGCUAUUAUCUUGAUUCCCUACAGACUAGCAUCGUCAACUAACAGUUUAAGCAAAUAGUUGAUGCGGCAAUUGGAUUGUAUGAUGUACAAAGUGGAUUUAAGAAGAAGACUAAACUCAAUUGGGUCAACUCUUAGUUGAUAUUAACCAAAUUUUGGGAGUUAAUGCUAUAAGUUUGAAGAUAAAAGAUGGAGCUCAUGAAACUGCACCAAUGUUUUACCUUAAAGAUGUCCAGCAGGUGAACCAUUUUGGCUCAUUUGUGAGGCACUUUUUCAGCCUUACUGUACCCACAGACAUUAUUUCUGCUAGGAUGGUUCUUACCACAUUUGACUCUGCUGUAUAUCAUGCAACUUCUUCACCAUGUGUGCCGGUUCAUAUCAAUUGCCCUUUUCGGGAACCUCUAGAAAGUACACCAAAAGAAUGGAGGCAAAGCUGUUUAAAAGGAUUAGAGAUUUUCAUAACACCAAAAGAAUGCAACUUCUUCACCAGAAAAUGCUUGAUUCUGGAACUUAAGUGUGGAUAUUGGAGGGUUAGAGGUGCAUUAUUAGCACUUGAUAUAAUGAGCAAUUUCCCAGGCUUCCGGCUGAUUUUGAGGUUUCUGCACAACGUAGCUCAGGCAUGUUUGAUUUACUAGAAUUUGUGAUUGGUUUUAAAAUAACUUGUAGUUGUAUGAAACGCAUUGUUUUGAUAUAUAUGAAAUGCGCUCUUUUGCUA